CAUAAUCAGAUUACCUCCGUCCCUGCCUUCCAUCUACACCCAAGAGUUUGUCUCCAGAGUUUGUGCGUGAGCGGAUCUUUCCCACUCUGAACAUGGGCAACCAGAUAGAGAAGCACAUUCCUCAGCAGCAGGUCAGCUAUCGCGCUUUGACUAACCAGGAGCCGCAAGGCCAGGGUCCCAGGGAAGAGGAAUCCGGUGCCUGGGAGUGCGAGCACAUUCCUGGGAGUGAUGACGCAGAGAAGGACGCUCUGUUAAAGAGGCAGCUCCACGCCGGGGAGCUGUGCGCCGCUUUCUACUUGGGCAAGUGCAUCUACGAGCGGCCCUGCUCCGAGCCCACGGCCGUGGAGGCGCUGCUCAGCCUGUGCAAGCCCGGAGACCUGAUCCAGUUCCUUUCAAAGGAGGGGAGAGGAGGGGAGCACUGGGCUGUGUGUGUAGGAGGGGCCCAGGCUGUGCACUGGCAAGCAGGCAGUGUCAGAAAGAGCUUCCUGCUGGACGUCUCCGCAGGACAGCACGGCAGAAUGGCCAACGGCUCCUAUAAAUACAGCCAGUCUUCGGCCCGCGUGGUGGUGAGGAGGGCCCUGGAGGAGGCAGAGUCCGGAGGAGGGGAGUGGAGGAACUCGGAGUGCUUCGCAGCCUGGUGCAAGUACGGGAGAAGGGAGUUUAAAAGGGACGGAGAGGUGCGCAUCGGGAGACGGCCCUACACGCUGCACCUUCAGCAGGCUGACGGCACGCUGGAAACGGCAGCCUUUCAAUGCCUGGUGGACCUGAUCGAGGAGAGACAGAGGCUGGAGCAGGGAGAGGGGACAGCCACCAACCGCAUUCUCUGAACAGGGAAACAACAGCCAGAAAGGAAUCGAAAGUGCUUUAAGAAACCGGACAAAGACUUUUACAAAUCUCCAAAUCUAUUAUAUAAACAAAACAAAAUCAUGUAUGCAUUACGCAUUUCAUAGUAUUAUUAUUAUUUUUUUGAAUGCUGUAACUAAAAAUUGACAAGAAAGCCAUUAUCUUUAUACAACACAUCAAAGCGCACGGUGCUCACGGUAAUGGCAAACUGUAUCCAUUUUGCAUAAUAUAAUUGACUUUCAAGAAUGGUUAUCAUAA